AUGAUCAAGUCUUCGAAGCCGGCGUCCUUCAGCAGUGGCAUCAUGCUCUCCAGGAGUGAAGCCCAACGCCAGAAGGGCGAUGAGCUGCGGAUGCGAGCAGCCGGCAUCGACCCGACGAAGGUGGACGAACAGUGGGCUGGAGAGGUGAUGUCAAGAAGACAGAAGAAGGAGGCCAAGGUCGAUGAGGAGCAGGAGAGGGAGAAGAAGGAGGCAGCUGAUCUGCCGAUGGAGAAGAGUGAGGUCGUGGGCAAGAGACCAGAUGGGCGGCUAAAGUGGCUGCACAAGGCCCUCGUCCUUGCCUCCAAAGGUCGAAUUGCCGCUCCAGCCAUCUACGACAUAGUCCAGUCCUCCAAGUUCACAGCCGGCGUCGGCUCCAAGGUGGGGAUGCAGAUGAAGGGGCUGGUCUUGGCCAAUUUGCAUCUGUUCAAAAAGGAGCAGCAGAAGAGCCUUCAAAAUGGAAGGCUCAUGGACUUUUCGGGCAGCGGUGGUAGUGCCUCGCGAAGUCCUUCGCCCAAGAAGCGGAAGAAGGAGAAGGAUCGCUCGGAGGAGGAGGACAGAGAGCGGGAUGAGCCCAGACAGAAGAAGAGCAAGAAGGAGAAGUCGAAGGAUGUGUCUGAUGGCCACUUCGACAAGAGCGAGGUGCUUAGCAAGAAGCCUUCUAGCCGAUUGCGGUGGCUGCACGAGGCCUUGGUCGAGGCCAUCAAUGGCCGCCUCGCUGCCUCGGCCAUCUCCGAGAUCGUACGCUCGUCGAAGUUUGCUUCCGGGCUCGGCACGGAGGUGAUGUGCAGGACACAGGGUCUGGUCCUGGCCAACCUACACCUCUUCGAAGAGGAGGACCGCGAAGAGCUGCAGCGAUGCAGGCUUUUGGAGGACCUGAAUGGCGACGCUGACAGUGAGGACGGCAAGGCGGAUAGUGACAGCUACUCACGGAGUCCUACGCCAAAGAAGAAGCGAAAAAAGGACAAGUCAGAGCAUCAUGAAGAUGCGAAGCACCGGGAGAAAGACAAAGACAAGAGCUCCAAGAAGAAGCACUGA